GAAAAUUAAAAAAAGUGAUUUUUUUUUUUUUUAAAUCCAAACGAUUUUUCACUUCUUAUAAUCUUAAAAUCUUUGCACUUUUUACUGCAUUUAUUUUACUUUUCGAAUUUUUAAAUUACAUCUCGUCUUUUUUUUUUAUUCUCGUAAAAAAUCUCAACAUGUCAUCAAUUUUGUCGAACAGCGUAAAGAGCGUUAACACCUCUAAUAGCUCUAACAAUUCUGACAGUUCUUCGACCGAAAUAAUAAACAUACAUCAAUGUUUUGAAAUUUUUGGCUUUGAUUUUACGGACGAAUCAAUUAUUGAUUCGUCCGGUAGCGAUAGAGAAGAUGAAGAACCGCGUAAGCAACGAGGAGAAUGUCGAUUGCAAUAUGCUGCAAACGAAUAUUGUUUCGAAUCAUCUCCCCCUUCUUCUUCCCCAACAUCAACAACAACAAAACGAGGAGGUGGAAGAUGUAACCACCACCACCUCCUCAUUAACCUACUCAACUUGUAUUAAUUCAAAUAUAGAUCAUUAUUUUUUUAAUUUUAAUGAUAUUAUUAUAUAUGCAAAUUCAAAUGAUUUAUUAAAUCUUUUAAUUGGACUUACUCAACGAAAACAAAGAACAUUUUUAAGUAUAAAUAUAAAUGCUUUUGGAAAAAAAUUUGAUGAUAUUGAAUGGAAUAUUGAAUCUAAUAAAAUGAAAUGUCAACCAAACGCUGGUGGCGGAAGUUUCUUAUCAGAAAUAUUUUCUUGUGAAAUUAUUACAAGAAUUUUAGAUGUUCAAUUAUUUAAAACUGAGAUGGAAAUUAAAUACUUUUUUAUAAAUCGGCCAAUGACAGAUUAUUUAAUUAAUUUUCGACAUCCUUAUAACUUAACACUUGGAGUAUCAGUAACUAGAGCAUAUGCGCAUAAAAGAAAAUUUACAAAAUUUGAUGCAUACCGUCUUUUAACAAAAAAAUUAGCAGGAAUAAAUUCUUCUACAAAAAAUAUAACUAAUGCAAGAAUAUGGAAACAAAUAUUACAUAUUUGGUGCCCAAGUGGAAAAGUUGCUAAAGUUGUUAAAAAAGUUUAUAAUAAAUUGGAUGAAAAAUUAAAAAGUAAUACAGUUGUUAUUGUUACUAUAGUUAAUUGUAAAUGGGUCUUUACAAAUAUUAGAUAAUUUGAUUUUUCUUUUCAGUUUUUAAUAUCUUUAUUUAUUUUAUUUAAUAUCAUCAAAUUUUUCAAUAAAAA